GGGGCCGCGCCGGCGGGGAGGAGCGGGUGGCCGCGGCCUGCGCCGUUCGCACUCCCUCAGGACAGCCUUGGGGCGGAGGGCUCCCCCCCGCGCCAUCCUUCUUCCUCCUCCUCCAUCCUCCUUCCUCCUCCCGCUGCAGGCUCAGCCCCGUUCCCCUUUCUCCCCGCAAAGCCCCUGACCUACUCCGAGCCCGGGCCAGAGCUUUCUCCAUUGACAGACAAGAGCAUAUGCCGACUCUGCUACAACUCACAAGGACCUUGGUGUGACUGUAUCCUUGCACUUAUGUGGCUACUCAGUGAAACCGCUGACUCUUCUGUUUGUAUAUGGAGAUCCUUAAUAGGAUUAAUUAGAAUUAGAGGAAAAAUGAUAUUCAUCCAGCAUUCCUGAGUAAUAAGAAUGGGUCCAGAUGUGCCUCUGCUGAAUGAUUACAAACAGGAGUUCUUCUUGAAGCGCUUUCCACAGACUGUGCUGGGAGGUCCCCGGUUUAAAUUAGGCUAUUGUGCCCCUCCUUACAUAUAUGUGAAUCAGAUUAUCCUUUUCUUGAUGCCAUGGGUUUUGGGAGGAGUAGGAACACUUUUGUACCAGUUAGGAGUUAUGAAAGACUACUAUACCGCAGCACUCUCAGGAGGACUGAUGUUUGUUACUGCACUUAUUCUUCAGCUGACAAACCUAUAUGCAAAACAGAAAACAGUGACAAUAGAAAGAAUGCAAAUUCAGAAUACCCUCACAGAUGAAGAUGAGUUUGAAUUUUCCAGCUGUGUAGGUUCAGAGACAGUAAAAUUUAUUAUUCCUGGCAAGAAGUAUAUGAUCAACACUGUAUUUCACUCCCUUCUGGCAGGGGUAUUGUGUGGGUUGGGAACUUGGUAUUUGCUGCCAAACAGAAUAACCUUGCUGUAUAGCAGCAUUGGAGGAACUGUUAUGAUCUUUGUGUUUGGAUGGGUGACUAUAUGUAUAGGCGAAUAUUCGUUAAUCAUAAAUACAGCUACCGAAACAGCUACAUUCCAAGCACUGGAUACUUACGAAAUCACAGCUCUGAUGAGACCUUUCUACAUUUUUGUCUUUAUUACAGUGGAUCUUGCACACAGGUUUGCUGUCAACACACCCAUUCUAGAACAGAUAAACCAGAUUUUGCACAUCAUAUUUCCUUUUCUGCCGUUCUUAUGGGCAGUGGGAAUUCUGCCCCCGCUUGACGCACUUUUUCUAUGGGGAAUGGAACAGCUGUUGGAGUUUGGACUAGGAGGUUCACCUAUGUCAAGUAACACAAAGUUGUUAGUAAUGUUUCUCAUUUCUGCUGGAACAGCACUAGCAUCGUAUUUCAUUCCCAGCACUCUCGGUGUGAUCCUCUUCAUGACUGGAUUUGGGUUCAUACUGAGUCUUAACCUAAGCGAGAUUGGGUUUGCCUUCAAACACACCAUGAUCAGCCAUUUAGCCUCCAGCAAAUCUAAAAAUACGCACAGAGGUCUUAGAAUGCAUUUUGGGUGGAGGGAAUUUAUUUUUUAUUUGACUGUUUUGAUGUUUGCUCUCAUAGAAGCUAGCCUGCUUCAUCAAUUCGCAGGCUUUUCAUCAUUUUCCAAAGCCAGUCCUCAGGCCAUAGCGAGUUACGUUCUGAUCAUAUUACUUAUAAUUAUGUGGAUUCUUAGAGAGAUUCAGAGAGUGUACUUGUUUGGAGUCUUCCGAAACCCCUUUUAUCCAAAGGAUGUCAGGACUGUGACUGUGUUCAUGGAGAAGCAAAGAAGGCUAAUGAAAGUUGGUGUUGUCAGGAGGAUUUUACUAACACUAGUGUCUCCGUUUGCUAUGAUAGCAUUCCUGUCACUAGACCGUUCACUCCAAAAUCUUCAUUCUGUGUCUGUUUGCAUUGGAUUCACAAGAAUAUAUAGGAUGGUCUGGCAGAAUACAGAAAAUGCCCUCCUGGACAUUGUGGUUGUGUCAAUAACACAAAUGGUGGUGUUAAACCCAGAACUCUGGUGGAACAAGAGCCUCGAUACAGGAAUCAGACUCCUGCUGGUCGGUAUCCUACGGGAUCGACUGCUCCAGUUUGUCUCAAAGCUGCAGUUUGCCGUAGCUCUUCUUUUGACAUCGUGGACAGAGAAAAAACAACGUCGCAAAUCGACCGGCACCUUAAUCACACUCAACGUCGUUUUCUUCCCAAUCCUGCUGACCUUCAUCACCAUCUCUGCUCUCCUUUCUUCUCCCCUGCUGCCGCUCUUCACGCUACCGGUGUUUCUGAUCGGGUUUCCCAGACCUAUCCGGAGCUGGCCAGGACCCGUGGGAGCUACAGCCUGUGUUUGCUCCGACACCGUCUACUACCAGCAGAUGGUUCCGAGUCUGGCUGUGGCUCUGCAGUCUGCACUGGCAGCUGGUAGCUUAGGUCUCUCUCUCCCUGGAUCCCAUUACUUGUGCCGUUUGCAGGACAGGCUGAUGUGGAUUCUGGUGCUAGAGAAGGGCUUCACAUACUGCGGUGUUAACAUUAAGGGGCUAGAAUUGCAGGAAACAUCCUGUCAUGCUGCUGAAGCUCACAGAGUUGAUGAAAUUUUUGAAAUGGCCUUCAAGCAUCAGGAGCAGACAAAGAUUCUCUCUCCUAAUCACCAUUUUGGACACAUUUUGACUCCUUGUACUGUUCUACCCGUACGGCUGUAUUCUGAUGCCAGAAAUGUGUUAUCUGGAAUAAUUGACUCUCAUGAGAAUUUAAAGCAUUUGAAAGAUGAUUUCAUUAAAGUGCUUGUAUGGAUGCUUGUCCAGUAUUGUUAUAAAAAAUCAAAAACCUGGGAAAGCCUGGGCAGUGCCGACAAGAACAAAAAAGGAUCAUUUCCAGAAAAUCAGCAUAGCAGUGUGGUAGAAAGAUCCAGGCCUCUGAGGGAAGAAGAUAGUUUUAGCGUUGAUACAAUCGAGGACUGGACUGAUGAUAGUGACAUUUUUGAUCUUGAAACCAGAACGAAAGACAGAAAAGAACCUGGGCAGUGGGGAACUACACCAAGAGUACAUCUGUCUAUUCCAGGAUCUGUAGACACACAGAGCCAAGACAUCCCACAAGAGAUGUCACCAGAAGAUAAGUUAUACAGGGCUGUUGUGCUUGGCCUUCCUGUUGUAGACAAAGGGAAACAGGAAGAAGUUUUACCUCAGGUUACAUUUAGUUGCUCUUACUCAGAGCUGUUGAGCAUCCCUGAAGAAUGGAGAACAGCCCCGGUGCCUACAUCCAAAGUCAAUGAAAUGAGGCAGAGGUUUCCAGAAGAAUGGUACCACUUCAUUUUGAGUCAGCUGGACUUUUUUCAUCUGAAAGAAAAGCCUUUCAAUUUACUUGAAGACCUUAUGAAAGACAAAGCUUUGAAAGACUUAUAUGUCCAUGGAGUACUGUCGUGUUGUUUUGGUCUGUUUGGACUGGAUAACACCGUGCCUGCCCCGAGCCACGUGUUCAGAGCCUACACUGGUGGCAUCCCAUGGUCUGUUGGUUUGGACUGGCUAACCGGCAAACCGGAGCUCUUCCAGCUUGCACUGAAAGCCUUCAGAUACACUUUUAAACUUAUGGUUGACAAAGCAAGCCUGGGUCCAGUUGAGAACUUCAAAGAGCUGGUUAACUAUCUGGAAGAAUAUGAAAACGACUGGUACAUCGGGCUGGUAUCGGAUCUUGAGUGGCAGCAAGCAGUUCUUCAGGAAAAGCCAUACCUUUUUUCACUGGGGCAUGACCCAAACAUGGGAAUUUACACCGGGCGAGUCCUCACUCUUCAGGAGUUGUUAGUACAAGUGGGAAAACUUAACGACGAAGCCGUCCGAGGUCAGUGGGCCAAUCUGUCCUGGGAGCUGCUGUACGCCACCAACGACGACGAGGAGCGGUACAGCAUCCAGGCACACCCCGUCCUGCUGCGCAACCUCACCGUGCAGGCUGCAGACCCACCCCUUGGCUACCCCAUCUAUUCUUCCGAACUGCUGCAUCUGCCUCUGCUCUAGCCCUUUUUAAUUAUUAUUUUGUAUUUUCCAUCUGCAUGCGGGGAAGCAAAUGUUCAUUGCUACAUCUGUGCACUGUAAAUUAGGUUUUACUCCCCAAAGGGCGUUGGGUGGCAGGGCCAAGCCAGCGGAUGGAAUGUGCAUGGAAAUGGUGCCGCCCAGAACCUUCAGCAGGCAGGAAGUUUUGAACCAGUUUCUUGUUGCUGGAACACGUGAGACACCGUUGCCCGUGCGGCUGACGAGCCAGGAGGUGCUGAAAUUCUCUUCUCCAGUUUAGAGAAGAGCAGCAUCAUUCCGAUCAUUAACUAUUUUUGGUGUGUUCUGAUUUUUUUAUAUAUAUAUUUUUUGUUCUUUUUAAUAGUUGGACAGGUGACUUGCACUGACAGUCAGGUUACAGCUCACUGUAGUACCGUGAACCACAGAGUUGGUAACCAAAGUGUACAUACAGCUAUUUAUAUGAUUUUUUUAUUAUUAUUAUUAUUCUGGCCAUUUUAUAUUUGACUGACUUCAAUUUCGGCAUUUGUUAAAAUGUAAGACUUUAGCUGAUCUUUCUUAGUUGUAGUAAGUUAUCAGCUCUGCUUUAACAAAGUAAGUUGUAAGGGAUGAUUUUUACCAAAGUACUUGUUUUGGGAGCAGAGAGAAUUUAUAUAAAAUUCUGUAUUCUGAAUACUUGUUUUGGGAGCAAAGAGAAUUUAUAUAAAAUUCUGCAUUCUGACACAUUAAACACCUGCGUGACCUACUGGUGAAAGCAGACGUGCAAUUAGGGGAGAGAAGGAAUUUAAGUCCAAAUGGCUUAAUUUCAUUUCCUCCUUCCAAUAUCCAUGUAUUUUUUUAUAUCUAAAAAUAUAUGUGGAUUUUUUUGCAAUCUACAUCCACAUCACUAACCAGUCUUCCACAAAUACAGCGAGAGCCUGAUGACAGGGAGCCAGAAUCCAGCUGUCUGUGCAAGAAUUAAUUUAUUAUUUGUUUUUUUAAGCCACACCAGAGGUCAGAACAGAAUUUUAAGGUUGGUUUGCAGUGUUACAGGUCCUUGAAGAGGGCUCUGGGUCAUCUCUCCAGUGGCUUGUUUAUCCUGUUGGUUACUGCUUGCCUUAGCAGGUAAAUGUGUUUUCCCUGUAGAUCAGUAGCUCCAGGGCGGUCGCUGCUGGCCUGUGCCAAGCAGGGGGUAGGGAAUUGUCUUUUUCAACCUGUAGAAUAGAUUUAAAUCAGCUCUGCUCUGUACUAGCUUAGAACACCCAGUGUUGUACAUUUUGGAGCAUGUUUAUUACUUGGCUGUUGGCCAUUUCUUUUGAUUGGUGACCAGAAAGGAUCUUAAAAAAAAAAAUAGGCAAAUGGUGGAGUGGAAUUCAGAUGUGGAAAGGAAACACCUGUCAGAGCCUGUGGUACAACACCUUCAUGUGCAGGAUGGAAUUCACACAGAACAUCGAUGGAAGCAGCUUUAGGAGGUGACUGUUGGGGGUGCAGGAGCAUAGAUGAGAAACUGCCAAUAACCUAAAGUCACCUGGCUUGGCCAUGAAUUGUGCCAGCAAAGAGAGUGAUGAAGCUGGUCCAGAAGGAGCUUUUAGAGAGCACCUACAUCGGCUCCAUCUCCAAAGGAACUAUUCCUGGCAAAUGUUUAAUCUGAUUAAAAACUUUCCAUACCAGGAGUAUCAUGAACUCGUCAGCUAGUUCCCUUCUUUGCUGUUCUUACAGCAGUUGGAAAGUUUGGAUUUUUCCCUACAUCUAAUUAAACCUCCCUGCCCCAUUGUAAGCCUUUUACUACUUGUUUUCUGUACCAUCACAGGAAAUUUACUUACCUUUUUUGCAGAAGCAGUCUUUUAUUUGAAGAUGAUUAUAAUUUCUGCCCUCCUCCUAUUUUUUCUGUAAAUUGAAUAAACCAGUUGAGAAAAGCUGAA